AUGUCAGAGGCACAUUCUUCCGGGUCAGUGCUAGAGCAUCCGCGCAUGUCCCAACCCAUGCCCCUGUCCGCAUCACAGUCGCGGUUAGACGAGCUGCGUGCAUCGGUGGCAUCUGCCCUUGCACUGCUGGAAGGUGACGAGGAUGCUGACGUGGCAUGGACCGCUCUGGCUAGAGUGCCAUCGCCACGCGGGAACGGGCCUGGGGAUGGCAUGGGCUCCGUCCUUCCAAUGACCGACCCCCUCCUCCGCGCAUUGCCCGCCGCCUGCCCGCACCUCUCCGCCCUCCGCCUCCGCCCGGAACACUCCCCCGUGAGCGCGGAGGCCGUCGGCGCAGCACUGCGCGCGCUGCCGCGGCUGCGCUCGCUGCUGCUGCAUGCCGCGUCGCUGCCCCUGCUGCCGCCCACCGUCUGCCGCCUCGCCGGCCUAACCUCGCUGCACCUAUCCCUCCCGUCCCUCUCCUCCCUGCCCGAUGACGUCAGCAAUCUAGUAUCCCUGAAAUCCCUCCACCUCUCCUCGCCUGCCCUUCACUCCCUCCCCGGCGCCUUGCCUCGUCUCUCCAAUCUACACCGCCUUCACCUCUCCGGUUCCUUCGAACGCCUGCCCGACACCCUCGGGCAGCUUGAAAACCUGCGGGAGCUGCAUCUGGCGGACUGCUUUGAUCUCUGCGAGCUGCCCGAGUCGACGGGCAGCCUGACUCGCCUCUCCCACCUCACCAUUGCCAACAACUUCGCCCUGACCUGGUUACCACACUCCCUUGGUCGCCUGCUCGCCCUGCACUCCCUGCGCCUAUCCUCCCUGGCAGAACUUUCGCUGCUGCCCGAGUCUCUGGGGCAGCUCACAGGACUGGUCCACCUGACGCUCAUCCACUGCCGGAAAAUCACAUCCCUCCCUGCUUCGCUCUCCACCCUCUCCUCCCUCACCUCCCUCUCCCUUUCCUGCCCUGCCCUCUCCGCCCUCCCCGCCUCCCUCGGCCAAUUGUCUUCUCUCGUUUCCCUCUCCCUCGCCGACAUGCCACUUCUUUCCUCUCUGCCCGAUACACUCGGGCAGCUGUCCCAACUGACGUGUCUCACAGUCACUGGCUGUGACCGGUUGGUCGAGCUGCCCGAGUCAAUCGCCUUCCUCCCCCGCCUCUCCUCCCUCUUCCUUCUCACCGCCAGUGACCUCCUCGCCUCUCUGCCCUGCUCCCUCUCCCUCCUCGCCUCCCUCCGAGCCGUCACCCUCCUCUCAUGCCCACGCCUCGCCUCUCUCCCACCACCCGCAUUGGCUGGCCUCUCUCGUCUCGAGCUGCUCGUGCUGGGCGGGAGAGUGGUGGGCGGCGGCAUGGGGGAAGGGGACAGCAUGGGGAUGCCAAGGAGUGGUACAGACAUGCAGGGCGGAGAGCAUCACGUGGAGCAGUGGCUCUCAGCCGUUCAUUGCCUUGAUGCUGCUGCUGCUGCUGCUGCUGGUGGUGGUGGUGGUGCUGCUGCUGCUGCCCAUGUCCCUGCCAGUGCCACCAUGGGUCCCAGCCACAGCGCCAUGCCACACCAUGAUGCCAAUGCAGUGGACCUCACAUGGCCGCCCCCCCCUCCUUCCGCUCCUCCCCAUCGCCUGCCUCUCCUCCACCCCCCAUCCCAUCCCUCCCUCCAUUCGGACCUUGCCUCUCUCCCACCGCUCUCCACCCUCCCAUCCUCGCUCCCCUCCCUCACCUCCCUCCACACCCUCGCUCUCUCCCACCUCCCCCUCCUCUCCUCUUGCCCCGACUCCCUCUCUCUCCUCACCAACCUUCGCCACCUCUUCCUCUCCACCCUCCCCUCUCUCCCGCACGUCUCCUCCUCCCUCUGCUCCCUACCUCGCCUCUCCCACCUCCACGUCUCCUCCCUCCCUCGCCUCUCGUCGCUCCCCUCUCGCAUCGGCCUCCUCCCCUCGCUCGUCUCCCUGCAUCUCGCCUCUCUCCCGUCCCUCACCGCACUGCCUGUCUCCCUCGCCCGGGCCUCGCACCUCACACACCUACUACUGGAGCACAUAGGGGAGGGCAGCAGCACCUCCCACCACGUAGGGGAGGGGCCACCAGCACCAGGACGGGGUGCGCAGGGCGAGAGGGAGGGCAGUGACCACGUAGGGGAGGGCAGCAGCACCUCGCGGGCUUCUCACGCCUCACCUCUGCCGGCGUUUCUGCUGUCUCCGCCUAGCGGGCUGCACUGUGUGGCGCUCACUGCCCUCACUGUGCGCUCCUGCCACUGCUGGGAGGGAGAGGAGGAAAAGGGGGAGGGCGAGGGGGCAAAGGGGGAGGGCGAGGCGGCAGGUUGGGAGGGCGAGGAGGCGACGAGGCUAGUGGUGGGGAGAGUGAGCGAGCAGCUGACAGCGUGGCGGGGGCUGACGAGGUUGGAGCGGCUGGAGUUACCGUGCUGGCAGGGAGGAAAGGGUGCAGGAGGAGGGGGGCAGCAGAUGGCGUUCCUGGCAGCACUGCUACCAUCCCUGGCGCCCCUCACUCGCCUCGCCUCCCUCGUGCUGCAUGCCUGCCCGCCUUCCCCUCCCACAUCUGCCUUCCCUGCAAUUCAUAACCUUGACACCAGCAACCCUCAUGCCACAGACAACCCUGGUGUGCAGAGCACCUCAUCUCCUUCCCUCAUGCCAAGCCCCUCUACCACCACUCUCCCUGCCUCCAUCGCCGCCCUCUCCUCCCUGCGCCACCUCACACUCUCCUCCUUCACUUCCCUCACUCACCUCCCCCCCUCACUCGCUCUCCUCCCGCAUCUCUCCUCCCUGCGCCUGCACACAUGCCCCGCCCUCCUCGCCCUCCCGCCCUGCUUGCACCUCCUCGCUCGCUCUCUGAGGGUACUCGACCUGCUGGGCUGCCACAGCCUUUCCUCCCUGCCACCAUCGCUGCCACAGCUAUCAAAGCUAGAGCGCCUCGUACUGACAGAGGCAUUCAGCCUGCAAUCGCUCCCAAGCGCCAUGGGCACGUUGACGCGCCUGCGCCUCUUUGUGCUGGAGGGCUGUGAGGAGCUGAGCCCUGACAACGUGCCGCCGUCCCUGGCAGAUCUACCGCGUGGUGUAUUCUACAGUGAUGUCAUUGACAUUGAUGCCCUCCUGCCCCGUCAUGUCUCCUCUCAAGCACUGUGA